UUCUGUUUUUUUAUCUGAUCGGAAGAUUCUAGUUUUUUUUUUUUUUUGAUUGUUAGAUAUCUUUUCUUCUUAAAAAUCAGAGAGCUCGUCUUAGGGUUUAUCGUUUAUACUGUUAAGCAAUGAAGAGUGUUUCGGCGGAACAAUCAGUUGAAAGAAUUGAAAACGGCCACAAGAAGAAGAGGAACAGGCCGCAAAAACAUAUUCGAAGAUCUAAGCACAGCUCAGUACCUGUAGAAGAUACACUUGUGGAGUCGUCAGAUGGUAGAAAUAUUAGUAGGAGUAAAGAAAAAGAUUAUACUUCUCCAUCCAAGCAGCAGAGAUCAGAUCAUUCCAUUGCACUUGGAGCUAUGAGAGCGUCUAAUGUUGCUUUCAAUUCUAUGCCGCCUAUACAUUUUGAGGGGCUUGCAGAAACUAGUUAUCCCGGGGGACCUGCAAGUCCAUUGCUUCCUUCUCCUGAAGUUAGUAAAGAAUUGUUAUCUAAGUCGUGCCCUGAUCCUAGGGCUUGUCAGCAGUCUCCUAGGACGGAUGGUGACUUAUUUCACCAAACUGAAGGUUCCUCACAGCGAAAGAUUUUCUCUUCACACUGGUCUCUCGAUGCGGUGAAAGAAGCUUUAGAGAAAGGGGAAGCCUUUAAAGCACUAUUUCGGGUGAAUGCUCAUAACCGCAAUGAGGCUUACUGUAAGAUCGAUGGAGUCCCUACAGAUAUUCUAAUCAAUGGAAAUGUUGGCCAAAAUAGAGCAGUAGAAGGAGAUAUUGUCGUUAUUAAAUUGGAUCCUCUCUCACUGUGGCCCAAGAUGAAAGGAUUUGUUACUGAAAGUGUUGCUAAGCCUAAAGUAAUGAACAGUUCCCCAGAGAAAGAUGACAAAAAUGCUCGACAAAAGAAAGCUGAUGAUGUGGUGGAAGAUUUUAAAGAUGGGUUCUCGAUAAACGAAUCUUCGGUUAUUCGACAAGGAGGUAAAAACUGUGUUAGUCACACUUCUACACCAUUACGGGAUUCAUAUUUGGGUUCUUCUACUGUGCAAAAAGGAAAUGGCAGUGCAGUUGAGAAGCUAUGCGGCAUCCUUAGUUCUUUUCCCCACAAACGACCAACUGGACAAGUAGUCGCUGUUGUUGAAAAAUCACUUCUAAGGGAUUCUAUCGUUGGCUUGCUUGAUGUCAAGGGAUGGAGUCAUUACAAGGAAGGUGAUGCAACAAGGUGCAAGUCUCCUAUGUCUCUUUCUGAUGAUGAAUACGUCCAACUGAUGCCUGCAGAUCCUAGGUUUCCUAAAUUGAUUGUUCCCUUCCAUGUCUUACCUGAAAGCAUUAGAGAAAGACUCGAGAAUAUUGAUCCAACUCUCGAGGCUGAGCUGGUAGCUGCCCAUAUCGUGGAUUGGCGCGAAGGGAGUCCAUUUCCCGUAGCCCAAAUUACACAUCUCUUUGGCCGAGGCAGUGAAUUGGAGCCUCAGAUCAAGGCGAUAUUAUAUCAGAAUUUGGUUUGCGAUUCUGACUUUUCUGCUAGCUCACUUAUUAGUCUUCCACAUGUUCCUUGGGAAGUACCAGAAGAAGAGGUGCAACGUAGAAAAGAUCUGAGAGACCUGUGUGUAUUAACCAUCGACCCCUUGACUGCUACAGAUCUCGAUGAUGCUCUAUCAGUGCAAAGUUUACCCGGCGGGUUUUUUAGAGUCGGUGUUCACAUUGCUGAUGUCUCCUACUUUGUUUUACCAGAGACUUCUCUUGACAUAGAAGCUCAGUUUAGGUCGACAAGUGUUUAUAUGCUGCAGAGAAAAAUACCAAUGUUGCCUCCUUUACUGUCAGAGAGCGUAGGUUCACUUAAUCCAGGAGCUGAUAAACUAGCAUUUUCUAUUUUCUGGGAUUUAAAUAGGGAAGGGGAUGUGAUAGAUCGCUGGAUUGGUCGUACAGUUAUACGGUCGUGCUGCAAGCUUUCAUAUGACCAUGCUCAAGAUAUUAUUGAUGGGAAAAAUGAUGUUGCAGAAAAUGGGUGGCCUGCAGUGCAUGGAUCUUUUGAAUGGAGUGAUGUAUUUCGAUCUGUCAAACAGCUUAGUGAGAUUUCCACCACUUUAAGGCAAAAAAGAUUUAGAAAUGGGGCUUUGCAGCUGGAAAAUUCGAAGCCUCUUUUCUUAUUUGAUGAACAAGGAGUGCCCUAUGAUUUUGUGACGUGUUCGAGAAAGGGUUCAAAUUUUCUUGUUGAGGAGUUUAUGCUCUUAGCAAAUAUGACAGCGGCUGAGGUUAUUUCUCGAGCUUACCCUGAUAGUGCAUUGCUCCGUAGGCACCCAGAACCAAAUACACGCAAGCUCAAAGAAUUUGAAGGCUUCUGUUCAAAGCAUGGUAUGGAUUUGGAUAUUUCGUCUUCUGGCCAACUACAGGAGUCAUUAGAGAAAAUUACGGGAAACCUCAAAUAUGACUCAGUUUUUGUAGACAUUCUCAAUAAUUAUGCUAUAAAACCUAUGCAAUUAGCAUCUUACUUCUGCACUGGGAAUUUGAAGGACAGUGUUGCUGAGUGGGGACACUAUGCACUAGCUGUUCCUCUCUAUACUCACUUCACAUCUCCUCUUCGACGGUACCCGGACAUAGUCGUUCACCGUGCCAUAGCUGCUGCUCUUGAGGCUGAGGAGUUGUACUCAGAACUGAAGCAAACAUCAAUUGAUGAAGUGAGAAGCUGUUUUACCGGCAUUCUUUUCAAUAAAGAUGCCGCUGAAUCUAUGGAGGGCAAGGAAGCACUAUCGGCUGCUGCUUUGAAACAUGGUGUUCCUUCCACUGAAAUACUCUCUGAUGUCGCUGCUUAUUGCAAUGACCGGAAGCUGGCUUCUCGAAAAGUCAGAGAUGCAUGUGAUAAGCUCUACACUUGGUUUGUGCUGAAGAAAAAAGAGGUUUUCCCAUGCGAAGCUAGAGUAAUGAAUUUGGGAUCAAGAUUUAUGACUGUUUACAUUAGCAAGCUCGGGAUUGAACGAAGAAUAUACUAUGACCAAAUCGAAGGCUUGUGCGCAGACUGGCUAGAGGCAACAUCAACGUUAAUUCUUGAUAAACUCUAUUUUAAGAGAGGUGGAAGAGGCUAUAUGAAGUCCUUGAAUGAAGUCGCAUAUGUGGUGAGUCCUUGUGACUUAUGUGUUGCAAAAUGCAGUGCAUUGUCUGUCCAUGACACCGAGUCAUCAGAGGCUGUGACAAAAGAUGGAGUAGCCCCUGCGGUUUUUCCUUUGACUGUUCAGCUUUUCUCGACCAUUCCAGUGGUUCUUCACGCUGUGGGUGGAGAUGACGGUCAGCUUGAUAUAGGAACAAGACUCUACAUGAGUUCAUAUCAUAUAUGAGUGGAGCAAUGAUAUCUCUUAAGAGGCAGACUAUAGCAACUGUUGUAAAUUUUCUUAGAUCACAGUUGCUGGAAAAAAAAAUCAUGUCGGAUAAGAACAGUUCCGUAGUUGGAUGGUAUAGAUACAUAGAGACCAUUGUGGGGACUUGCCGUUGUUUUUGGUUCGGUCUGGAAUCCCCAUUGGUUCAAGAAUGUGUUUCUAUUCCUUUGUUGCCCAAUAUGUGUUUUAAUUUUGGGUAGGCCGAAGUCAUCAGAAGCUUUCACUUGUAAUAUUUUAUCGAGUAAGCAAGCCUCUGCAAUAAGAUUACAACAGAGGACUAAAAGAUAGUAUAUCAUUGGGAAAAGGUUGAUGUUAGAGAUAUCAAGACUGGGAAUCUUAUGUCUCGGAUUCUGGUUUAGCGGCUGCAUUUUGAGCUGUUUUUUGUAAUUUCAUUUUGAUGUUCUGAGU